AUGAAUGUAUUAAAAAAAGUAAAAGAGCUUGUGUGGGGAAUCGCACCGGCAAGUAAGAAAGAAUCAAAAUUGUUGGUUAAGAUAGAUUGGUUUGUUUUGUCUUAUGUGUGUCUCAUGUAUUGGAUCAAUUAUGUCGACAGAUUAAAUGUAUCUAAUGCCUAUGUGUCUGGAAUGAAAGAGGAACUAAAAAUGGUUGGAAAUGAAUACAAUCUCAUUAACACUUGUUUUACUGUGGGUUAUACAGUCUUUCUAGUUCCAAAUAACGUGAUACUUACUAUUGUCCGUCCUAGAUAUUGGUUAACCGUCUGUAUUGUUUGUUGGGGUGUUCUUACAUUAGGAAUUUAUCGAGUUUCAUCUUACAAGCAGAUCUGUGCAAUAAGAUUCUUCCAGGGUGCUUUCGAAAGCUCAACUUUUGCGGGAACUCACUUGAUCUUAGGUUCUUGGUAUAAGGAAUCAGAAUUGACCAAGAGAAGUGCUAUUUUCACUCUGUCAGGUUUGAUUGGGAAUAUUUUUUCUAGUACUAUGCAAAGCGCUAUCUACACAAAUAUGCAUAACUUGAGAGGAAUAGCUGGAUGGAGAUGGCUAUUCAUAAUUGAUUUCAUCAUCACCAUUCCAAUAGCACUUUAUGGUUUUAUAUUCUUUCCUGACACCCCUGAAACAUGUCAAGCAUUCUAUUUUACAGAAGAUGAAGUCCAAUUAGCAAAAUCUAGAUUACCGGAUAGGCCCAAAACUAAAUUAGACUGGUCUGUAUUUAAAAGAGUCUUAGGUAGAUGGCACUGGUGGUUCUUCUCUAUUCUUUGGGUAUUUGGCGGUGAAAACGAGUCUUUUGCGACCAAUUCGUUAUUUGCUUUAUGGCUCAAAUUCUAUGGCUAUUCAGUUCCACAAAUAAAUCAUUACCCAAUGGGUGUAUAUGCUGUUGGAGUUUUUGCCACGUUCAUUUUUGCCCUCUAUGUUGACUUCACUGGAGCAAAAUACCAUUGGCGUGUUGCUGUUUUUAUUGCCGUAUGCAUGAUAAUAUCAACCAUUUUGCUUCUUUCAAGACCCCUUUCGGACUCUUUUGUCUUCGCGUGUCACUACCUAUCAGGUAUCUCAUAUGCUGGACAGGCUUCUUUCUUCGCUUGGGCGAACAUUGUGUGCCAAAAUGAUUUACAAGAACGAUCAAUUGUCUUGGGAUCUAUGAACAUGUUUAGCAACGCGGUGAACGCUUGGUGGUCUAUUUUGUUUUAUGCAGCCAGUGAUGUUCCUAAAUUUAGAAAGGGCUGCUGGGCAAUGAUUUCUACUGUCCUCAGUAGCGUAAUAGUAGCAUGUAUGAUAAGGUUUCUUCAGAUACGCGAAGCGAAGCAAGACUAUAAUAUCGCUAGCGAAGAAAGCAGAGAAGAUUCUCUGGUAAACCAGUCUCAAGUCAAUAAAGAUUCAUUUGCGAUAGAUGUCAAAGAGGUAUAG